UGAUUCAGCACACGCGCAAUAAUUAAAACUACAGGUAAACAGCGAAAGAGGGGAAAAAGAAGAGGAAGACACUGUAGCGCCUGAACUGAUUUAAUGACCGAUAGAGGGGUAAAUUACAUUAUCAGUACCAUACAGUAGCCGUUACCGUAACCCAGUGGAUCCACUUAUCCCUCUCUCCCCAACAUACUCUGAAUAUAGGAGAUUCCUAAUACUGAUGUCACUUAGAAAGUGUGGCAAGGAUGUUGAGUUCGUGCACAGGUAGCGCCCUUUGAAGGAUGUGAUUAUCUGCGCUUUAUUUCUUUUUCCUGCUAAAAAGGGAGAUUUUCAUUGUGACAUAAGGAAACUGUAUUGCGUAUCUUGAAGAAUGUCCACAAAUACCAGGUUAACGAGAUAUGAAUACAUUGGUAUACAUAUAUCGGUAAUAAUGUCGGCUGUUGUGCUAGUAUCCAAUUUGUCUUCAGUGACUAGUUCAACAACAGUAGCAACAACAACAACAACACUAUCUCCUCAAGUAACACAGACAACAGAAAAUGUAAAUGUGACUUCAUCAUCACCUGCCGGAAAUGACACAACAGAAGCGACAACAACAUUACAAAGCGGAUCCACCGAAGAAACAACAACAACAACACAGCCUGGUGAUACAUCACAAUCAACAACAAGUUUAACUACAACAACAACAGCAACAACGACGAAUAAUUCAAACACACCACAGUCACCAGAGACGACUAUCGACAACAUGUCGACACAAAGUUCUACAGCUGCGAUGACUUCUGAAACAACUUUAACAACAAGUGAUGCGAUUCCAACAACAACAGUAAAUACAACUGAGGAAACUGGGACAACCACUUCGUUGGAAACAAUAACCACAGAAACACCACAUAGUACCCCGGUUUCAACAAGUGAAGGUGUUGAAACGACAACAUCUACUGUAGCUCCUGUUACAGUAACAACAACAACACAAGAUAAUAGUUCAACUACAGAAACAACAACACAAACCUCUACUGAAUCAACCGAAGCACCAAGUACAAUUUCAACAGAUGCAACUCAGGAGACAGCAACAACAACACAAGGAUCUAGUGACACUACAACUUCAAACACAACAACACCAAUGCCUGUUACAUCAACCGGAACACCAAAUUCAACAGAAGCGACAACCCAGGCAACAACAACACAAGAUUCUAACAACACUACUGCGGUGUCGGACACAACAACCGAAGCAACAAGUACACAUUCAACAGAGACAACAAACCAGACAACAACAACUACAAGCGUUGAAAACACAACAACUCGACCAUCUAGAGCAUCCACCACAACAACCCAACCAUCAACAACAACAAAAUCCUAUCAAAUUAUGCCUGUUUAUCCUGAUACAGAAAAUGCUGUUCUGGAAUUUACGUUUGAGCUGAGGUUCACUGACUGCACAUUCAACAAAACUACCAUUGAAAACAAGCUCUCAGUGGUAUCCAGUUCUGUCGACGAUUGUAAAUACAUCAGGGUAAAAAGCAUCGACGAAGGCAGCUGCCGAAGCGGACGAAGUAAAAGGUCCGCCACGGCGUCGUAUAUCUCUGUAGACACUGCAUUUGGAAUUGAUGCUCAGAAAGGAAUCUCUAAUGGGUCCAGUGUCAGCGAUGAUUUGUACACCGCUCUAUCUAAUGUAGAUGAUAUCGAUGUGAAUUAUCUUAACGAAACUAAGGAUAACUUCACAGGUGCUUUGGCGUCCAAACAAAUAUGUGACUCUGAUGUGUGUGCCAGUGCCCUGGUGGGUCGGCCUGGGUUUGUUUGCGUAGCUGAUACUUUUACUCAAACAUGUGCGAUAAUGUACUACUGUGACCAUCAACCUAUAGACUGUGGAAAACAUGGCCACUGUUACGUAGAAACAGAAAUCCAAUCAGAGAGGGUAUCCUAUUCCUCUAAAUGCAGGUGUACGCAGGAGGAGUUCUUCCGAUACGAGGGUACUCACUGUACGGAGAGAGUGAUGACGUGGGAGCUGGCCGUCAUUAUCUGUGCUUCCGCUUUCGGGGCAUUGAUCCUGGUCCUUCUAUUCAUCAUUAUAGUUAUGUGCUGUAGGACUGCUUCUAAUUCUGCUGAUGUAAGCUUUGAGGAUUCUGAAGUGAUGUACACUCCUUCGGGAAUUGCCAGUGCCAACGGAAGAAAUGGAAGAGAUGCGUCCAAAGGAGUUGAAAAUCAGGGAUAUAUGGAAGUUCGAGAUACGUCCGGAAGUUGGAAACCGGAAGCCAGCGCCAACACCUACGCACACAUAGAAUCCAAGUUACGAGAAAAUAACUAUGAUAUGCAGAUAAAGAGACCUCAAGUCACACAGUUCAGAAAAUCGGAUGAAAUUACCGAGUUUUAGAGGAAAAGGGGAGAGCAUAAUCAAAAAGUUACUCUGGAGAACUAAGAAUUUCCACAAAUUCGACUUUCUACAUUUGUACCUGGGUUUUAGUUUGUGUUCAUGCUUUUUUUAAAGCUAUUAAAUCUUAAAUUGUUGUGUUCAAUGGAUAUACAUGUAUAUUUGCAUGUUCUCAGUUCUCAGAUAUCAUAAUUUAUUAAUGAUUGCAAAUUUAAAUUCAGUCCCUGCUGUAUCAAUGAAACAUAUCAACUGAUACAUGGAAAAAAUGUGCACCAUAAAAUUGUGCAUGUGCAUGUGCUAUAUUUUUAUAUAAUAUAAUGCAUAAUUUAUUAAAAAAUGCUCAUAUUUUUCUUUCUUUAAAUUAGUAAUGAAUGAAUUUAUAACAUUGCUGAUUUUGCAAUUAACAUUAUUUAUUACAUUUGUUGCAAUAGCUAUAUCGCAAUUUUUAUUAUUAAUGAUUUGUAAUAGUUAACAAUAAACCAUUACACUUGAAUUAAUGCAUUUUGCACUUUAGAAUUCAUUGUGUUAAAAACUUAAAUGAUACGAUACGGGAGUUGUUUGAUAACUGUAUGCACAUAAUUUUGAUGUAAGUAAUAUUAUAGGGUGCUACGGGUACAUAUUACUUUGCCAUUCCCUUGCAAUGAUACUGUCCUUUACAAAAGUUUAGGUUAUUGGGAAUCAAAAUUUUUGAUUCUCAAUAAUCUAAUUUUUUUUAAAGGACAAUACCCUUUAUACACUACUAAAUCAGGUCUCACGUUGAUAAACAUGGCGCAUUAGGGAAAUUAUAAUGUGUAUCUGCUAAUAAGUUUACAUCAAAGUAUAAUAUUCUAAAAUUUGACUUCCGUGCCUCUAAUUUAUGAUCCUGUGAGAAUUUAUCUUAUAAUGCAUCGUUUUAAUGACUAAAGUUUGAACAUGCAUGUGUCGUGAUAACGCAGUCUUUGCCUUAAUUAAAUUAAGUGCCAUUGCGUUCACAUGUCCUUCAUUGCCAUCAUUCUAAGACUGCUUCAAGGUAUUGUGUAUUUUUAUUGAUUCUGAAUGUAUUAUUUAAAUAUGUAUGUAAUUCAAUGAAUAUCAUUGGUAAGCUUUUUGUCUCGUGCUUUAAAAUAUUUUGCGCAAUAUUGAGUCGAUUAUGAUUUCUGAAUAUGAAUAGAUACAUGUGUAUUUACAUGUUGGAUGAAUGUCAAUAAAAACAUGAUGAUAUCAUUUUUAUAACAAA